AACCGGUUUCUUCAGUUAGAAGAGUUUGUUUUUCUUUCGAACUAAAAUUGACUUUUUGUUUUAGAAACAGGCAGCAAAAACUGACCUUAUGGAAAUCAAAACUAUCCUGUUUUUAAUUCUGAAUGCGCACACAUGCACUGCCGUCUUUAACGUUAGUGCUGAAGACAGUUUAGCUGAAACUGCAACAACUGUUCAGCCGGUUUAUCCACAGGAUCAUCACGAGAAACCCAGAAACGCCCCCUCUGGACGCAGUUUUUCUGUUCAACGUGACUAUGAAACCCAGACUGAUGAGCCGAUUGACUACAAUAUGGAUGAGACAUUGCCAGACUCUUCUUUAAUGCCAAAUAAAACUUGUGAAAUGAUACACCAACAAGCAUCCCGAUCUAAUAAAGGAGCACAUCCAUGUAACGUCACUGAUCUGAAUGCAGCAAAAUGCAACCGGACUACAGUCCUGAUACUCAAGAUCUCAGACGAUGCUAUUGACUUCCUUAAAGGCCCAAUGGCCACACGCAUCAUGCCCUCAUUCUACAUCUUCAUCAUCCUCAUUAGUUUGCCCCUGAACGCUUUGGCCUUGGUGACGUUCACCUGUAAGAUUCGAGAGAAGAAACCAGCUGUGAUCUACAUGUCUCACCUGGCGUGUGUGGACCUGCUCUUCACCCUGCUGCUGCAUCUGAAGAUCCACUACCAGCUGAACACUUCAGAUUGGGUGUUCGGUGAGGCGGCGUGUCGUGUGAUCAGUGCAGCUUACUACUGCUACAUGUACUGCUCCAUACUGCUGAUGAUGUGCAUGAGUGUGGACAGGCUGCUGGCCGUGGCGUUUCCCGUCGCCUCUCUGACCUGGAGGAGCACAAGGAAAGCCACAUACAUAUGUGUGCUGGUCUGGCUGCUGGCACUCGUUGGUACAGUGCCACUUCUCUCAAUGAGACAAACAUUCAAGAUUAAGGAUGUGGGCGUCACCUGCCAUGAUGCGCUGAUCCACGAUGACCCUACGGAUCAGCAGUACAUGUACCUGUUCUCCAUCCUCUCCUGCCUCUACUACUUUGUGCCACUUAUCGUCACCUUAGUGAGCUACUCCACCAUCAUAUAUGUGCUCCGUACCAAGUCUAAUCAAUUUGCAAAAUCCUCAUCGCUCUCAGAAAAAAGAAGGAGAGCUGUGAUUAUGGCUAUUGCUGUGCUGGUGGUGUUUGUGAUGUGCUUUGCUCCAACCAAUGGCAUCCUGUUGUACCACUGUGUUUAUUUAGCUACUACUAAAAUCAACAGCGGGGAGGGAGAUUCAUCAUAUGCGGCUUACCUGUUGGCUGUGUGUUUGGGGAGUGUAAGUGUUUUUCUGGACCCUCUGCUGUACUACUAUGGCUCGUCUCAGUGCAGACAGAAGAUCAGCUCUGUGUUUUGGUGGAGAUGGGGGAAAACCACCUUAUCAAAUCCAAACACUCAGACUGACACAUCCUCUUAUGUGAGAUGUGAGUACAUUCAGGCGCGCAUUAAGAUGUGAAUUGUUUCGACAUAGAGCUAAUGAAAUUUCAACAAUUGUAUACUCUUAUAU